CCUGCUCACCUGUCUCCUGUUUUUCUUCCCAUCUAUUAGGCAACCCUGGAUGCUGCACAAAUUGAGGAGUCUCCUACCAGCCUCCCCAAGGAAUCCAGCCACAGCCUGAUCGGAAAGCUGGACGUGAGACCUUGGGAUUGAUGAGUUGGCCUAGGGCUCCUGGGGGAAGGUGAAACCGGAGGCAAGCAUGGGUCAGAAGGUCACCGGGGGGAUCAAGACGGUGGACAUGCGGGACCCCACGUACCGGCCAUUGAAGCAAGAGCUGCAAGGCCUGGACUACUGUAAGCCCACCCGCCUGGACCUACUGCUGGACAUGCCCCCGGUGUCCUACGAUGUGCAGCUCCUGCACUCAUGGAACAAUGAUGACCGUUCGCUCAAUGUCUUUGUCAAAGAGGAUGACAAGCUCAUCUUCCACCGCCACCCAGUGGCCCAGAGCACAGAUGCUAUCCGGGGCAAGAUUGGGUACACGCGGGGGCUGCAUGUGUGGCAGAUCACAUGGGCCAUGCGACAGCGAGGCACCCAUGCUGUGGUGGGGGUGGCCACGGCGGAUGCCCCUCUGCAUUCUGUCGGGUACACGACGCUUGUGGGGAACAACCACGAGUCCUGGGGCUGGGACUUGGGACGGAACCGGCUCUACCAUGACGGCAAGAACCAGCCAAGCAAAACGUACCCUGCCUUCCUGGAGCCUGACGAGACCUUCAUUGUCCCUGACUCCUUCCUGGUGGCCCUAGACAUGGACGAUGGGACCCUGAGCUUCAUUGUGGAUGGACAGUACAUGGGAGUGGCUUUUCGGGGACUCAAGGGCAAAAAACUGUAUCCUGUAGUGAGUGCUGUCUGGGGCCACUGUGAGAUCCGCAUGCGCUACUUGAACGGGCUUGAUCCUGAGCCCCUGCCGCUCAUGGAUCUCUGCCGCCGCUCAGUGCGCCUGGCCCUGGGGAGAGAGCGCCUCGGGGAGAUCCACACGCUGCCACUGCCUGCCGCGCUCAGGGCCUACCUCCUCUACCAGUGA